AUGCCUCCUCAUGGAACCCUGACUGCCUCACAACGAGCACUCGGAAUCGCUGAGAUUGUGGGCCUAAUCCUAUCGUUUGUACCGAGAGACUGGUUCGCACCACGAGAACGAGAAUCCUUGCGUCAUUGUGCUCUGGUGAACAAGCUCUGGCUUGCCGAAGCGCUUCCUAUGAUAUGGCACUGUUUUGACCUCUCAAUCGGGACCCUUUUUGAGAAAUUGGAACCCGACCGUCGACAGUUCUAUGCCAACUUUAUGGUUUUUGGAGAGUCACAUGCCUUGUGGGAUACCGCAAGCUUUAAGACCCUCUCAUGCGACCUACAAAACGUUGUGUUCCACAGAAUGGAGUGUCUCCUCCUGUUCACUUCUGGAAAGAGGGGAGAAUUCUCUCUCCCCAUACUGAACUGUCCCAAUCUUCGUUGCAUGACCUUCCAAGAUAUGGAUAUUGAAAAUGAGGAGAAGGACGACGACAUGGGCCCCGACGCAUGGGAGUCGAUUUUCUGGGACCUCCCGACCAACUACCCUAGUUUGAAAGAGCUGAGUUUUGAAUUUCCUCCUCGCGUGUUUCCCCAUGCAAUCCGACGCUUGAAGAAACGACACCCCAACCUUCGUGACUGUCUCGGGAAGCUCGAGGUUCACGAGAUUACCCACUUCUUUCGCCAUGGCUUCGCAUUUGCUGAUGGUGUUCCGAUUCACGAAAGCGACCAUGUUUACUUUGAGCCUUGA